AAUGAUCACAAGAAGCCGGCACAGCUCCGACCCGCACGAGUCCCACAGGCGGUCUCCUCUGGCGAUGGAAGAUGGCGCUCCUUUUCACGAGGAGGACGUGACUGAAGGUUGCGGUUCUCAGGGACAGACAGACACUACUGCAGCAGUCUCGGCUGGGGCGGCAGAUUCUCUCCCCCUGUUGUUGGACACAGAUAAACUUUACGCAGAUCUUCCCCAACCUUUGGACGAGCAGAUUUCACCAAACAUGGUUAUCAAGUCCAUGAGUGACUUGAGGGAACACUGUUUCAUGACUGUGCGUGACUACCGCCGCUCGUACAUGGACAGGGAACCCAUUAUCUACAGGGGAGACGUCGUGAGAGCCUGCAAGACGCUAAACCUGCCCUACUACUCCUUAACAUCUGUAGAUGUGCUAACGUUGGUGCCGGAGAGUUCCCUCCGACCACUGGAUUUGGACUCGGGCGAUGUAGACAGGGCUUAUGUCUGACCCGUGAACUUUCACACUUCCUCUUUGACACGGAGGGUUUCAACUGAAACCGAUAUUAUUGCCAAAAUUAACCUAAAGUGUAGUCAAUUUCUAGCCUGGGUACCACCCGGAAAGUAGUUCGCUCCGGAGUUCAUUAUAUGCUAUAUACAGACGCUUCUAGCUCUGACAUUUAUUAUACUACUAUCCGGAUGGUAUCCAGGCUAGUGAAUUUCAACAUCUUAGAAUGAACAGAUGCAUCGUUGCAACACAUAUUUCUUGUUGGCAUGCCACAAUAUGCUCUUGGACGUGAUUUACGUUUAGUUCUUUCGAAACGUCGACCAACAUCAAAAGUUUAGAGUGGAACUGUGUAAAGGGCUAUUUUCGUAGCGCUUUUGUGUCCAUUUGAAAUAUUAUCUGCAAUCACUGCUAUACAGUCCGUCUGCACUGACACAUGUCGUGUGAUGUCAACUAAUUCAGUGGAAGCCCACCAUAAAAGAUCAGGAUCAAAGUAACAAAUGUCUAUCACCACAUUUACUUGGCGUAAGUCGUUACGCAUUCGAUGCAACUGCUAAUAUCGCGUAAAGAAAGAAAUGUUUAAGUACUGACCUCUGUUACAUUUCAAGACACCAACUGUUUCAGCAUAAUCAACUGGCAACUCAAAAUAAAUUGAAACAAUUUGAAAUUAAAGUCGUUGACACCAAA